CAAGUCGCGCAUACGUCAUUUUCGAGCGACGCGCUUUCGCACAGUAAAUAACGGUUGAAUUGCAAACAUUUCUGUAUUCUUGAGUUAUUCCCGUAUUAGCAAUAGUACAAAAGGAUUUCUUCUACUCUAUCUGUAGUGCAGUAUAUGCUUAAUAAAGCGCUAUUUGUGAUUAAUCCUCUGUAAACAUCUUACUGUUGCAGUUUAGUUUAUUGCUGCUGAGUACAGUGAUUCAGUGAUUCAGGUUGGUAUUAUGAAUAAGUUCAUAUUCCAGUUCAUGUCGUCAUGCCAUUGUUUCUUUUGUUUGUUGUAUAAUUCAACCUCUGGAAAUGGUAGCAGGCUCGUGUAGUAUCAGGUAGCUUGCUUUACAAUGAAGUCAGAGUGCAAAAUAGAAACGCAAACAUCAACGCAGUAAACGCACGUGAUGGAUAAUGAAGAGGAUCUGGAGGCACUUGGGGAGAAACUGUAUGACCUCAUCUAUCCUAAACAUGCUGAUAUGGCUCCAAAACUAACAGGAAUGCUGCUGGAGCUGCCGAGGGCUGUGAUUAGUCAGAUGCUGCAGGAUGAAGCUCUCCUUACCAAUGCGCUGGAGAGGGCACUGGCAGCCCUGCACCCUGAUACUAGUAAACCACCGUCACAGGCUGAUGAUGUCGACUCCGUGUCCUCUGACUCCCUGGGUGAACAGCUGUAUGAGCUCAUCAACCUUUACAACACAGGAUACACCCAGAAAAUCACAGGGAUGUUGUUAGAGCAGGAGAAAAAGGUGGUGCUUCAGCUGUUGUCUGAUCCGGUCCUGCUGGAGGAGAAAGUCAACAUGGCCCUGAAAACCUUACAGGGUUCUAGUUGCAGUCAGAGUCAAGGGGACACUGAUGUGAGUGACGGCUCUGACCAAGACGAAGUGGAAGUGAUUGGAGAGAAACUGUUUGCACUCGUACGAGACAUAGAACCGGCCCACUGUGCUGAUAUCACCGGAAUGCUGUUAGAAAUGGACCUCGGGACACUGCACCAGAUUCUAACUGAUCGGACCAUGCUAGAAGUUGCAGUGCAGCGAGCAAAGAUCGCUCGGGAGAAUGCAUUGAGUCAAGCACAACCAGAGACAAACUAAAGACUACACAAUGUCUUGUUUAUGAAUAAUUAAAAGGAAAGGAAACCUGAAGAGAGGCAUAACAGGAAAAAAUCUUGUCCCACUGUUAUUCUUGUACUGCAUAUACACAAACAUGGGGGUAUUUUGGUUAUAUACAGUCAGGUCCAUAAAUAUUGGGACAGUGACACAGUUUUGGUAAUUUUGCCUCUGUACACCACCACAAUGGAUUUGAAAUGAAGCAAUCAAGAUGUGACUGAAGUGUAGACUUUCAGCUUUAAUUCAACGGCUUCAAGAAAAAUACUGCAUUAACCGUUUAGGAAUUACAGCCAUUUUUUUACAGAGUCCCUCCAUUUUCACAGGCUCAAAGGUAAUGGGACAAUUGACUGAUAAGCAGUUUCAUGGCAAGCUGUGGCCUGUUUCCUCCUUAUAUCAUGAUAAAUUAAGGAGAUAAAAUGUCUGGAGGUGAUUCCAAGUGUUGAAUUUGCAUUUGGUAGCUGUUCAUGGGAACUCUCAAUAUGCCGUCCAAAGAGGUGUUGAUGCAAGUGAAGGAGGCCAUCAUUAGGCUGAAAAACCAAAACAGACCUAUCAGAGAGAUAGCAGAAACUUUAGGAGGGCCAAAUCAACAAUUUGGUACAUUCUUAAAAAGAAGGAAUGCACUGGCGAGCUCAGCAACACCAAAAGGCCUGGGAGACCACAGAAAACAACUAAAGUGGACGAUUGCAGAAUUCUUUUCUUAUUGAAGAACAACCCCUUCACAACAUCUAGCCAAGUCAGGAACACUCUGGAGGAGGUAGGCCUAUCAUUGUCAAAGUCUACAAUCAAGAGCCACCUUCGUGAAUAUAAAUACAGACGGUUUACCUCAAGAUGCAAACCGCUGGUAACACUCAAGAACACAAAGGCCAGAUUAGACUUUGCUAAAAACCUCUAAAAAAAAAGCCUGACCAGUUCUGAUGCAAGAUUAACUUGUACCAGAAUGAUACCACAUCAUCCGUCAAACAUGUGGAGGCAGUGUUAUGGCAUGGGCAUGUUUGGCUGCCAAUGGAACUGGGUCACUGGGGUUUAUUGAUAAUGUGACUGUUGAUAGAAGUAGCAGGAUGAAUUCUGAAGUGUACAGAGCUACACUUUCUGCUCGGAUUCAGUCAAAUGCUGCAAAACUGAUAGGACAGCGCUUCACAGUACAGAUGGAUAACAACCCAAAACAUACUGUGAAAGCAGCCCAAGAGCUUGGAAAUUAAAUGUUCUUAAAUGGCCGAGUCAGUCACCUGACCUCAACCCAACUGAGCUGCUUUUCACUUACUGAAGACAAAUCUGAAGGCAGAAUGAACCACAAACAUGCAGCAACUGAAGAUGGCUGCUGUAAAGACCUGGCAAAUCAUCUCAAGGGAGGAAACUCAGCAUUUGGUGAUGUCCACUGAUGUCACCACUGAAAGUCUACGCUUCAGUCACAUCUUGACUGCUUCAUUUCAAAUCCACUGUGGUGGUGUACAGAGGCAAAAUUACCAAAACUGUGUCACUGUCCCAAUAUUUAUGGACCUGACUGUAAAUAUUUUAUGAUCUUCAGAGAGAUUGUGGUAAAGAUUAUAACGUGGUUAACUAUAUUCCUUUCAGUAGGCAGACCUAGGGUGACCAGAUGUAGUCUCAUAUUUUGGUUUUGAUUCUCAAACUGUAACUGAGAUAUAUCUUUUUAAAGAAAAUCUCUCUCCAAUUCUGACAACAGUAAGGUGAAUACAAGGAACAUUUUUUUUUUUUUUUUAAAUCAACACAAUGCAGCUCAGCAUGUUAACUCAAAAAGCAUAAGGGGUGUAAGGGUUCUACCUCAAGCCUUACAAACCCUUUAGCAGACAAAAUCAUGAAUGUAAUAAAAUACGUAGUAUAAUAAAAUGUAUGAUAUAGAUAAAAUGGUUAUAAUCAAUAAUCAUCUCAGGCUACAGUGGACACAGGCUUGCAGAAACUGGCCAGUUCAAUCCCCUUCUGAUAUAUGAUGUGUUCAUUAUCUGAAGCUCUUGCCCUGUAUCUGCAUGAUUUUAUGAGCUGCACAGCUGCCAUAUGAUUGGAUAAUUGCAUGAAAGACUGAUACAGGUACAGAUGUUCCUAUUAAAGUGGCCGGUGAGUGUAUAUUACAUGGUAUUACAUGUAUGGUAUUAUAAACCAUGUAUCUGUGGAAU